CCCAAGGAGCUACUGAUAGACGCGGACUAGCCAUCUCUCAACAACUUCUUGAAUCAGCUAUUUCCACAGGUGUUCGAAAGAAGAUGAGUUUUUACAGAAGGCUUCGUUCCUUUUUCCAAAGACUCAUCUCUAGGGAGCACAGAGAGAUCCAUGUGCACAAAGUGCUUGUCCAACCUGCAGCAAUGGAGGCAUGCUCUGACUUUAGCCAGCAAGAACAGGCCUUGCCAGAGAAGCCCCAGAAAAGGAAAUGUUCAUGGUCCAUCCUGUCAGGCAUGAAAAGACUCUGUGUCUGUAGCCAAUAUGACACCUCGAUGGCAGAUAGGGGUGAGGAGAGAACAAUUUCCUCACCAAGAAGGUGGACGCACUUGUCCCGGAAGAAAAUAGCAGCUGAGAACCAGGUGGAGUCAGAGGAGGUGAAGCUGCAGGAGGAUACAGGGAAAGUUGAACUGGAUCCUACAGGGACGAAGAAGGAGCCGUCUGAGUCGCAGGAGAAGUGGGAAAAAGGGAGCCCAGAAGAGCAGGAAGAAGAGCGCACUCCCACCCCCUCAUUACCAAGCAGCUCCCAUAUGACCAUGACCCCCGGGGAGCAGCUUCCCUCAGCACAGCUCCAAGCCCUGCUGAUGAGAGCCGUGAAGGGUCUGACGAUACCCACCCUGGAGCGAUUUCAAGCCGCCGAGGAAGAGCUGAGGACCAUCGUAUCUCUACACAGAGACAAGAUGGAGAGACUCUGA